ACUAACAGCUAACAGAAACAUCAGUUAACAAAAGCAACUGAUACAAGCCAGACCUAUUUUUCUUUCGACUAGAAAUUUAUUCAAAAAAUAAAAUCAAAAUGCCAGACCGAUUCGUCAUUGCGGAGAAGAAGCGCUGCAAGGAGAUCAUCAAGUUGAAGCAAGGCCAGACCAUCGAGAUGAAGAAUCAUGAAGCAAAGAACCGUCAAGGACCGACCUUGCAACAGGCGUUGCAAUCUAGACGGCUGGGGUCGCCGCGUAGGAGGCUGUUGGGUUCUCCCAGGACCAUGGAGAUCUCAAACAAGCAUGUGAUUGGUAGCUUCAACUUGGAGUUUGAUAGCAGCCAGGAUGACUGCGUGGAGAUCAUAGCCACAUUACCAGAGCCCACUUUGCCGAUCAGGACUCCCAUAAAGCCCGAGGAGGAGAAGAUGUAUGAGCUGUACAUCUGCAACUGCGAGGGCCACUUGCUCUACAAGCUGCUCUUCUUGGAGAGCGACUACCGGAAGGCUGCCCGGCGGGCCAUCAACUAUUCCCGCCACACCGAACAGGACUAGGAUGCCAGCUCACAAGCUCAUCCUUCGUCCUCGAAUUACCUUUCACUUUGCCGUUACCGUUAUCGUUGGCAGUGCCAGUGCCAGUGCCAGUUCCAGGACCUGUGCCAGGACCUGAGCCAGUGCCUGCCCAAAUGCCUUUCGCCCGAAGCCCAAAAACUAUCUUCUACAGAUUCCAAAAUUAUCGAUUACCUUCUCUCGACCCCCACUCUUUCUCUCUCUCUCUCGGUAUAUAUAUACAUAUACAUACGAACGUUUCGAGGACUAACCAUCGAGGGGUCCUGGUCCGGGUCCGAGGGAAUAUCCUGGGCCCUGGACCACCACCAACCACCACCCCGAGAGCCCUAAGCGGAAAAUCGGAUUUACGGAGAAACCUCUUUGCUGCCACAUAACUUUGUAAAUUCAAUUUUCGUAAUUUUUAUAAUCAUUUAAUAGUAAAAACAAAUGGAGGGCUUUGGGCUUUAAAUUCUAAA